UUCAAGAAACGUCUGGCACCACUCAGUGCCGCGGUCUGACAAGGUAGCGUUCGGUCCUGAAUCGGAGCUCGAUUACGUCAGUGGUCCUUUCCAAUUCCGGGGAUUCCGUGAGUUGUGAGCGCUUGGCAGGGCGCUCGGCGGGCGCUGCGGAUGGCUGUCCGAGCCCUCAGCUGAGGCGGACCGUGCCCCGCGGCUCCCGGGGCGGGGGGCCCGAGCUGCGGCUCCCUCACAGCCGGCCGGGCCGGGCCGGGCCGGGCGGAGGGCGGUGGAGCGGCCCGGAGUGAUGACGCGCUUCCUGCCCUCCCCGCCGGGGGUCUGCGCCUGGACUCCGCAGCCGCGGCAGCUGCGGGUGGCGGCGGCGACGGAGCGGGCAAGCGGCGAGCGGGGGGAAGGACGGAAGCGAGAGAGCGGCGGGGAUAAGGCGCUCCGCAAUGCCACAAGUUUCUUCCUAAGCAGUGUUACCCAGAUGCUGCCUUUGCACCAGGCCCUAAUUAGCUGCAAGCUGGAAUUUCAUCCCCAGAGAUCCACCCCCUCGAUUCUCAAAGUUCCAGCACCUUUUUACUCAAGCAUCUUCAUAAAGCUAGAAAAUGCACUGACUGACUUCACAAGCUCACAUUGCUGUGCACAAAGCCUUGUGUGAAAUAAAGCCCUGGAAUUACAGUGGAAGUUUGUUCUGGACAACUGGACUAAAGCAGGGCUUUUGCUGCUGCAGAGGAAGAUCUGGAGGUACAAUGAAACUUCAACUUGGUUGCUGGAAGCCUUCCAUGUGAUCAAACAGUACUUUCAGACAAACUUAUUUUCUAUUAAAUGAAGUUUAAUUUUGAGGUACUUUAGUAGGAACUUGCAAGUGACCUGGCACCAUGGUAGCUCUUUCCUUGAAGAUCUGUGUCCGUCAGUGCAACGUGGUGAAGACGAUGCAGUUUGAGCCAUCCACUGCCGUGUACGACGCCUGCAGAGUUAUCCGUGAGCGAGUGCCAGAGGCUCAAACAGGGCAAGCCUCUGACUAUGGAUUGUUCCUGUCAGAUGAUGAUCCUCGAAAAGGUAUAUGGCUGGAGGCUGGAAGAACACUGGAUUAUUACAUGCUGAGAAAUGGGGAUAUACUGGAGUACAAAAAGAAACAGAGACCUCAGAAAAUCCGUAUGUUGGAUGGUUCAGUGAAAACAGUAAUGGUGGAUGAUUCCAAGACAGUGGGUGAAUUGCUGGUUACCAUUUGCAGCAGGAUAGGAAUAACAAAUUAUGAGGAAUAUUCAUUAAUCCAGGAGAGCAUCGAAGAGAAGAAAGAGGAGAGUACAGGAACACUUAAGAAGGAUAGGACAUUGUUACGUGAUGAAAGAAAAAUGGAAAAACUGAAGGCAAAGCUUCAUACAGAUGAUGAUUUAAAUUGGCUGGAUCACAGCCGGACCUUCAGAGAGCAAGGAGUUGAUGAAAAUGAAACGCUACUCUUGAGACGGAAGUUCUUUUAUUCAGACCAGAAUGUAGAUUCAAGAGAUCCUGUUCAGCUUAAUUUGCUUUAUGUUCAGGCUCGUGAUGACAUUCUGAAUGGUUCCCAUCCCGUCUCCUUUGAGAAGGCCUGUGAAUUUGGAGGCUUUCAAGCACAGAUCCAGUUUGGACCUCAUGUAGAACACAAACAUAAACCUGGAUUUUUAGACCUGAAAGAAUUCCUGCCUAAAGAAUAUACCAAACAAAGAGGGGCUGAAAAGAGAAUAUUUCAGGAGCACAAAAACUGUGGUGAGAUGAGUGAAAUAGAAGCCAAAGUGAAGUAUGUGAAGCUGGCGCGUUCCCUGCGCACCUACGGGGUGUCCUUUUUUCUUGUGAAGGAAAAAAUGAAAGGUAAAAACAAGCUGGUUCCUCGUUUGCUGGGGGUCACCAAAGACUCAGUGAUGCGAGUGGAUGAGAAGACCAAGGAAGUGUUGCAGGAAUGGCCACUGACAACUGUGAAACGCUGGGCUGCCUCACCUAAAAGCUUCACUCUGGAUUUUGGUGAAUAUCAGGAAAGCUAUUACUCAGUACAGACCACUGAAGGAGAACAGAUCUCGCAAUUAAUUGCAGGUUACAUUGAUAUCAUCCUAAAGAAGAAACAAAGUAAAGAUAGAUUUGGGCUUGAAGGUGAUGAGGAAUCAACCAUGUUGGAAGAAUCUGUUUCACCUAAGAAACCCACCAUUCUGCAGCAGCAGUUUAACCGGACCGGGAAGGUGGAGCACGGCUCUGUGGCAUUGCCGGCUGUGAUGCGCUCGGGCUCCAGCGGCCCCGAGACUUUCAACAUUGGCAUCAUGCCUUCUCCUCAGCAGCAGGUCACAACUGGCCAGAUGCACAGAGGACACAUGCCCCCACUCACCUCAGCUCAGCAGGCCCUGAUGGGCACCAUCAACACCAGCAUGCACGCGGUUCAGCAGGCACAGGCCGACCUCAGUGAAGUGGAUAACCUGCCACCUCUGGGGCAGGACAUGGCAUCAAGAGUAUGGGUUCAAAACAAGGUUGAUGAAUCCAAACAUGAAAUACACUCUCAGGUUGAUGCGAUCACUGCAGGAACUGCAUCUGUUGUUAACCUUACAGCAGGAGAUCCAGUUGACACUGAUUACACUGCUGUGGGAUGUGCAAUUACAACCAUCUCCUCCAACCUCACUGAGAUGUCCAAAGGUGUGAAACUGCUUGCUGCUCUUAUGGAUGAUGAAGUUGGAAGUGGAGAAGACCUCCUGAAAGCUGCUCGAACCUUGGCCAGUGCUGUCUCAGACUUGCUGAAGGCUGUGCAGCCUACUUCAGGAGAGCCUCGCCAGACAGUUUUGACUGCAGCUGGAAGCAUUGGACAAGCAAGCGGGGAGCUGCUGAGGCAAAUUGGAGAGAAUGAAACAGAUGAAAGGUUCCAGGAUGUUCUGAUGAGUUUGGCCAAAGCUGUUGCCAAUGCUGCUGCCAUGCUGGUGCUGAAGGCCAAGAAUGUAGCACAGGUGGCUGAGGACUCGGUGCUGCAGAACAGGGUCAUUGCUGCUGCUACCCAGUGUGCACUCUCUACUUCCCAGCUUGUGGCUUGUGCUAAGGUGGUGAGUCCCACAAUCAGCUCCCCAGUGUGCCAGGAGCAGCUGAUUGAGGCAGGGAAGCUGGUGGACCGCUCAGUGGAGAACUGUGUGCGGGCCUGCCAGGCUGCUACAGAUGACAGUGAGUUACUGAAGCAGGUGAGUGCAGCUGCCAGCGUGGUCAGCCAGGCCCUCAAUGACCUCCUGCAGCACGUGCGCCAGUUCGCCAGCCGGGGAGAGCCCAUCGGCCGCUACGACCAGGCCACAGACACCAUCAUGUGUGUCACCGAGAGCAUCUUCAGCUCCAUGGGAGAUGCUGGUGAAAUGGUGCGGCAGGCAAGGGUGCUGGCUCAGGCCACCUCCGAUCUCGUCAAUGCCAUGAGGUCUGAUGCAGAGGCAGAGAUUGACAUGGAGAACUCCAAGAAGCUUCUGGCUGCUGCAAAGCUCCUGGCAGAUUCCACAGCCCGCAUGGUUGAAGCUGCAAAGGGAGCUGCAGCCAAUCCUGAAAACGAGGAUCAACAGCAGCGUCUGAGAGAAGCAGCAGAGGGACUGCGGGUUGCUACAAAUGCUGCUGCACAGAAUGCCAUCAAGAAGAAAAUUGUCAACAGAUUAGAGAUUGCAGCUAAACAAGCUGCAGCUGCUGCUACUCAGACUAUUGCAGCUUCUCAGAAUGCAGCUGUUUCCAAUAAGAACACAGCAGCCCACCAGCAACUUGUGCAGAGCUGCAAGAAUGUUGCAGACCACAUUCCUCAGCUGGUUCAGGGUGUAAGAGGAAGUCAAGCUCAGGCCGAAGACCUCAGUGCCCAGCUUGCUUUAAUAAAUUCCAGCCAGAAUUUCCUUCAGCCUGGAAGUAAAAUGGUGGCUUCAGCUAAAGCUGCUGUCCCCACAGUGACUGAUCAAGCAGCAGCAAUGCAGCUCAGUCAGUGUGCAAAGAAUCUUGCUACCAGCUUAGCUGAGCUACGAACUGCCUCCCAGAAGGCUCAUGAAGCUUGUGGCCCAAUGGAAAUUGAUUCUGCUUUGAAUACAGUCCAGACUCUCAAAAAUGAACUGCAAGAUGCGAAGAUGGCAGCUGUGGAUGGACAGUUAAAACCUCUCCCAGGAGAAACUCUUGAGAAAUGCACUCAGGACCUGGGAAGCACAUCCAAAGCAGUUGGUUCUUCAAUGGCCCAGUUGUUAACUUGUGCUGCUCAGGGCAACGAGCACUACACAGGAGUUGCUGCCAGAGAAACUGCUCAGGCCUUGAAGACUUUGGCUCAGGCAGCACGAGGGGUUGCAGCGUCCACCACUGACCCUGCGUCAGCCCACGCGAUGCUGGAUUCAGCCAGGGAUGUCAUGGAAGGCUCUGCUGUGCUGAUCCAGGAGGCCAAGCAGGCCCUGGCUGCCCCAGGGGAUGCAGACAGCCAGCAGAGAUUAGCCCAGGUGGCAAAAGCAGUGUCUCACUCCUUGAAUAACUGUGUGAAUUGUCUGCCUGGACAAAAGGAUGUGGAUGUGGCCUUAAAGAGUAUUGGGGAAUCCAGCAAGAAGCUCCUUGUUGAUUUGCUACCUCCAAGUUCUAAGUCAUUUCAAGAAGCUCAGAGUGAACUGAACCAGGCAGCAGCAGACCUGAAUCAGUCAGCUGGAGAAGUUGUCCAUGCUACACGGGGCCAAAGUGGGGAGCUGGCUGCAGCCUCUGGGAAAUUCAGUGAUGACUUUGAUGAAUUUCUUGAUGCUGGUAUUGAAAUGGCUGGCCAAGCACAAACUAAAGAGGACCAGAUUCAAGUCAUAGGUAACCUCAAGAGCAUCUCUAUGGCUUCCAGCAAGCUGUUACUGGCUGCCAAGUCUCUGUCUGUUGAUCCUGGAGCUCCUAAUGCCAAGAACCUCUUAGCAGCAGCAGCAAGAGCUGUGACUGAGAGUAUAAACCAGCUCAUCACACUGUGCACCCAACAAGCUCCUGGCCAGAAGGAAUGUGAUAAUGCACUCAGAGAACUGGAGACAGUUAAGGGAAUGCUGGAUAACCCAAAUGAACCUGUGAGCGAUCUCUCAUAUUUUGAUUGUAUUGAGGGUGUAAUGGAAAACUCAAAGGUUCUUGGAGAAUCAAUGGCGGGCAUUUCCCAGAAUGCAAAAACUGGGGAUCUUUUAGUCUUUGGAGAAUGUGUUGGAGUUGCAUCCAAGGCUCUUUGUGGCCUCACAGAGGCAGCAGCUCAGGCUGCUUACCUGGUGGGUAUCUCAGAUCCAAACAGCCAGGCAGGUCAGCAGGGCCUUGUUGACCCAAUUCAAUUUGCCCGUGCCAACCAAGCGAUCCAGAUGGCUUGUCAGAACCUGGUGGAUCCCGCCAGCAGCCCAUCGCAGGUCCUAUCAGCUGCCACAAUUGUGGCCAAGCACACGUCUGCUCUGUGCAACGCCUGUCGCAUCGCUUCGUCCAAAACAGCAAAUCCUGUUGCCAAGAGACACUUUGUGCAGUCUGCCAAGGAAGUUGCAAACAGCACUGCUAACCUGGUUAAAACUAUCAAGGCACUGGAUGGAGAUUUCUCAGAGGAGAACCGCAACAAGUGCAGAAUUGCCACUGCACCUUUAAUAGAGGCUGUGGAAAAUUUGACAGCAUUUGCUUCAAACCCAGAAUUUGUCAGCAUCCCAGCACAGAUCAGCGUUGAGGGAUCACGAGCACAGGAGCCAAUUCUGGUUUCUGCUAAGACAAUGUUGGAGAGCUCAUCUUUAUUGAUCAAAACUGCCCGUUCUUUGGCUAUCAAUCCCAAAGACCCUCCUACAUGGUCUGUACUAGCAGGGCAUUCCCAUACAGUCUCAGAUUCUAUCAAGAGUCUCAUUACCUCUAUCAGGGACAAGGCCCCAGGACAGAGAGAAUGUGAUUUCUCCAUCGAUGGGAUCAACAGAUGCAUCAGGGACAUCGAGCAGGCCUCGCUCGCUGCUGUCAGCCAGAGCCUGGCCACCAGGGAUGACAUCUCCGUGGAGGCUCUACAGGAGCAGCUGACAUCAGUUGUACAGGAAAUUGGGCACCUCAUCGAUCCCAUAGCCACUGCAGCUCGGGGAGAGGCAGCUCAGCUGGGGCACAAGGUAACACAGCUGGCGAGUUACUUCGAACCCCUUGUUUCAGCUGCAGUUGGUGUGGCAUCCAAGACACUGAAUCAUCAGCAACAGAUGACUGUGCUGGACCAGAGCAAGACUCUAGCAGAAUCUGCCUUACAGAUACUGUAUGCUGCCAAAGAAGGGGGAGGAAACCCCAAGGCAUCUCAUACUCACGAUGCCAUCACCGAGGCUGCUCAGCUGAUGAAGGAGGCUGUUGAUGACAUCAUGGUCACUUUAAAUGAAGCUGCAAGUGAAGUGGGCAUGGUUGGAGGUAUGGUGGACUCGAUUGCAGAGGCAAUGACCAAGCUGGAUGAAGGUACACCUCCAGAUCCAAAAGGAACUUUUGUUGAUUAUCAGACCACUGUGGUGAAAUAUUCUAAAGCUAUUGCUGUUACAGCACAGGAAAUGAUGACUAAGUCGGUUACUAACCCGGAGGAGCUGGGCGGACUUGCAUCGCAAAUGACCAAUGACUAUGGGCAUUUGGCUCUCCAGGGCCGAAUGGCUGCAGCUACAGCAGAACCAGAGGAGAUCGGGUUCCAGAUCAAGACUCGGGUGCAGGAACUUGGCCAUGGGUGCAUCUUUCUUGUGCAAAAAGCUGGAGCUCUCCAGAUUUGCCCUACAGACAGCUACACCAAAAGGGAGUUGAUAGAAUGUGCUCGUGCUGUCACAGAAAAGGUGUCUUUGGUUUUAUCUGCCCUCCAGGCAGGGAACAAAGGCACACAAGCCUGUAUUACUGCAGCCAGUGCUGUGUCUGGGAUAAUUGCAGAUCUGGACACCACUAUCAUGUUUGCUACUGCUGGAACCCUUAAUGCUGAGAACAAUGAAUCGUUUGCAGAUCACAGGGAAAAUAUCCUGAAAACAGCAAAAGCUUUAGUUGAAGACACAAAAUUGUUGGUUUCUGGUGCUGCCUCAAGUCAGGACAAACUGGCCCAAGCAGCUCAGUCAUCUGCUAACACCAUCACUCAGCUUGCCGAGGUAGUAAAAUUGGGAGCAGCUAGCUUGGGAUCUGAUGAUCCUGAAACACAGGUUGUUCUGAUCAAUGCUAUCAAAGAUGUUGCAAAGGCCCUUUCUGAUCUCAUUGGUGCUACCAAAGGAGCUGCCAGCAAGCCAGCAGAUGAUCCAUCCAUGUACCAGCUGAAAGGUGCUGCCAAGGUGAUGGUAACAAACGUCACAUCCCUCUUGAAGACUGUUAAAGCAGUAGAAGAUGAAGCUACUCGAGGAACAAGAGCUCUUGAGGCCACAAUUGAGUACAUCAAACAGGAGCUCACGGUGUUUCAGUCGAGCGAGGUUCCAGAAAAGACAUCAACACCUGAAGAAUCAAUCCGGAUGACGAAAGGAAUCACCAUGGCAACUGCCAAAGCUGUUGCAGCUGGGAACUCGUGCAGGCAGGAGGAUGUGAUUGCUACAGCAAAUCUGAGCCGCAAAGCAGUAGCUGACAUGCUAACAGCUUGUAAGCAAGCAUCAUAUCACCCAGAUGUGAGUGAAGAAGUUCGCGAGAGAGCCCUGCGCUUUGGAACAGAAUGUACCCUGGGAUACUUGGAACUCCUGGAGCAUGUUCUCCUGAUUCUUCAAAAAGCAACUCCAGAGCUGAAGCAUCAGCUGGCCUCUUUCUCCAAGCGGGUUGCAGGUGCUGUCACAGAGCUUAUCCAAUCAGCAGAAGCAAUGAAGGGGACAGAGUGGGUGGAUCCAGAAGACCCAACAGUUAUUGCAGAGACAGAGCUCUUAGGGGCUGCAGCAUCAAUUGAGGCUGCAGCAAAGAAGUUAGAGCAGCUGAAACCAAGAGCCAAGCCCAAGCAAGCAGAUGAGACUCUGGAUUUUGAAGAACAGAUCCUGGAAGCAGCUAAAUCCAUUGCAGCUGCUACCAGUGCCCUUGUGAAGUCAGCUUCAGCAGCCCAGAGGGAACUGGUGGCUCAGGGAAAGGUUGGAGCAAUCCCUGCAAAUGCAGCUGAUGAUGGACAGUGGUCUCAGGGACUUAUUUCUGCUGCCCGAAUGGUGGCAGCUGCAACCAGCAAUCUCUGUGAAGCAGCAAAUGCCUCAGUUCAAGGCCAUGCUAGUGAGGAGAAACUCAUCUCAUCUGCCAAACAAGUUGCAGCUUCUACAGCACAGUUGCUUGUGGCCUGCAAAGUGAAGGCUGACCAUGACUCUGAAGCCAUGAGGAGGCUACAGGCUGCAGGAAAUGCUGUCAAGCGUGCAUCAGACAAUCUUGUCAGGGCAGCCCAAAAAGCAGCAUUUGGAAAAGCAGAGGAUGAUGAUGUUGUGGUCAAAACCAAGUUUGUGGGUGGCAUCGCUCAGAUUAUUGCAGCCCAAGAAGAAAUGCUGAAGAAGGAGAGAGAGCUGGAAGAAGCAAGGAAAAAACUGGCGCAGAUCCGCCAACAGCAAUACAAGUUUCUACCCACAGAGCUGAGAGAAGAUGAGGGUUAACUGUUAACCUGCUGAGAUCUUUCUCCCUUUUUACUCUUUUGUUUUAUUUUUUUUUCCCCUCUCUUUUUUUUUUUUUUCCUUUUAAAGAAAUAAGCUAAAGGGGGACAGCACAUUGAGAACUGCUCUGACAGCAUACUGGUAUGCCAAGCACUUAGCUAAAUAAACUGCCUGUCAUAGCUUUGGAUGAGCAGAGGGUAAUAAACACUUGUUCUUUCCAAUCUGCUCAGCUGAGGUGCAUGAUGAUCAAAUAAUGGUACAGUGUUAGGUUCAUCAUUCCUGUUCCUCCCUUGAUUUAUAUCUCAGGAGAGAAUGUUUCACUUUUUGCUAAAGAUACUAAGUCAGUAUUAUUGUCACUUUCCUGAUGCUUGAGGUAUUUAUCGUUCCUUGACUUGUUCUAAAACAUUGAUAAUAUUAAGUAGGAAAAAGGUCAAGGAAUCUUUCAUAUGAUAAAUAUCACAUGAGCUGGUGGUUCUCCCCCAAGUACCCUUGUAAAAAGAAGACCAAGAUGGAGAAGGAUGUAUGGCUGAGUGGAGAAACACUCACAAGUGUGGGUUUGAAGAAGAAGCCUAUCCUCUUUCAGUGUUAUAUAGCUGGUUCACCCCAAAACUGGAGGAAUUGUCUCUGCAGCUGUUUGCACUACUAGUAUUAUUCCUUACCUGAUACCAACAAGCUUCUGCUUGUACAGUAUUUAGGAUUACAAAAUGUGGCAAUAGCCCUUCUUUAAAGAGCUCAAAAAACAAAGAAAUUGAAACCUUGUCACUGCCUCAAUAAUAGCAGGUUCAUGAAAGAAAAUGCUGUAUCAAUUAUAUACCUCUAAUGUGUGACUACUUUUACAGUAUUAUACACACAUACACAUGCUCUAACAUUGGACUGAAUAGUUUGCAUUUUGUUUUUAAAUUGAAAUUAUCUGGUUCGUACUGUGGUAUUUCCAUUAGAAUGUAUCUCAGUUAAAAAAGGAAAAUGCCCAGUACAACAAAAGACUAUCACAACUCUUGUUAUUAUUUUAAUAAUUACAUUUAUAAUUACUAUGUUUUGAAACCUGUGGAAAUUGUAGGAGAAACGAAUAAGUGAUUUACAAGUAGAUUUACAAUUUUUCCUGUAAUAUAUUUUUUAAAAAUUUGGACUCUAGAGAGUUUUUUUUCAUAGUUGCUAUUGAUGAAAAAGUAUUCACCAAGGAAUUGCAGAGAAGAAAUAGCAGCAAUCUAUCAGCAAUCUUUGUCUUCAGCUGCAGAAAGGUACAGUAUGCUCUCAGUAUCUCUGUUGUGACCUAAACAAUAGCAAUUUGGGUAGAGUAACAUAUUUUACUAUGUCAAAGAGAACACAAAUCACAGCAACUUUAAGUAGAAAAAGCUAAAACUAUUUGCCUAACUACAGAAACACCAUCUCUCCUAAAAUUAGUUUCCAACAUGUCUUCAGCUCCACUCAAGCUCUCCUAAACAAUAAUGGUCAGUCUGUUUAGGUCAGAGGAUGUUGCCCCUCCAGUCCUUCUGAAGGCUGUGCUGUCCUUGGAUCCUGCCAGGUACCUUCAGCUGAGCCUCUUGUGUUCUGUGCAUACCCACCUAGUUGUUGCUGCAGAAAAUACUUGUCUUGUAGACUCCCCAGUAACCCCCUAGUGCUAGGUUCAUUCAGUGUUAACUCUUCAUUUAAGUUACCUGCAUGAGACAGAAUUAUCAGGAAUUUUGUCACAUAAAUACUAAGUAUAUAGCAAAAAAAUUGCUAGAGAAUUAAUAAAUAUUGAAGUGUAAAAGGGUUUUUAUUGUCUCUUCUCUGAUACUGACAUACUUCAGAUUCAGUAGAGUUGCUGGAGAAUCCACAAUCAUGAGAGGAAAAAACUGGUAUAUCCCAAAUGGAAUCACUGGCAUUGACAGAUGUGCUGUGGUGUGUAGGCUUGUGUGCAAAUGCAAACCCUGGACUAUCAGAGAUGUGCAAUUCCGAGUUCUUUGAUUUUCUACUUCAACACAGUCAAUUUGGUUUUUUGUUCAACUCACUGUGAACAGUGUUAAUGUCUGGAAUCCUACAUUGAGAAGAAGGCUUCCUGUAAGUCUUUGGACAGAAGGCUAAACUGGUAUUUAUUGCUGUAACACCUAAAGACUGCUCUAGUGAUGGGGAUUUUCUGCUGCUGUUGGUAGGUUCAAGUCCUUUGCAGCUUAUGCCUUUCAAGACUUACCUGGACAGCCUCACUUUCUGAUCUCUUUUUCAGAAAGAUCUGCAAGACAGAUUUGUUACUGCUUCCCUUUCAACCUACCUUUAACUGUUAUUUGAUCUCAUUAAAGCAUGAAGAUGAUGCUGUCUUUAACACCAUGCCACUAUUUUAUUGUAGGUAUAAUACUGAUGUAAUAUACUUUGGUCAGGAUGGUAUUUGCCAGUUUGAUAUAAGCCAAAAAAAACCUUGUCAAAUGCAACUAUGUAUGGAAAUUAUAUAGCUAGAAAACUUUAUCAGUAUGUAGAAGGUAAGAGCAUGUUCAAAUUGUGCUCCAGAGAAAAGUGUUUGGGAAAUUCAUUUUAGCACAGCUAUUUUGAGACUUCUCUGUUUCUGAUUUAGUGCCCCCUCUUACAUGACAGAAAGUAUUUUUUCCUUAACUGUGUGUUCUAUAGAGGAACCACAGUCAGGUGAAUAGCUGAGCUGGACAACUGAAGUAUUUUUUUACUCUGAAUUUUGGGUCUUCAUUGAACCAUAAAGAGAAUAUAAGGUCAUCCAAAGUCUUUCAAUUUUUUUUUUUGCUGUUAUAAUUAGCAGUAUCGCUGAAGUUCACAUGUGAACAUCUGUGAAGUUUGGAACUAGUCCAUCCAUUUCUUUGGCAUGGGAACUUGCAGCAGGAAGUGACAAGUUGGAGUUAAGGGGUAGAUGCUAAUUAACAAGAAGGACAGAUGUUCACUUUGUUCUGUUAACCUAUGAAAUGAUGAAUGAGCUCUGUUGUAUCUCACCCUUCUUCAUGUGGAAUUCACUCGGAGAAUUGUAUGCAAAUUAAAAACAAAAUGCCUCAAA